GAUGGAUGGAGGGGAUGAGGGUAGGGAUGGAAGUGUGGAUGGGGCAUGUAAUGGAGGAAGGGGAGGCGCGGCCCGGCUCGGCGCUGUCUUCAAAGAAUCUCUGCAAAGGUCCAUGUAUAUGGGAGGAGUUGGGAUGGUAUGGCUGGUUCGGAUUGGUGUUCUUGGGAUUCUUCAGCGUGGGCGUUGUUGGGAAGUUUGGAGAGGAGUUUGGUGUCUUCGUUGCUUCAGAUUGGUGUUUUUGGACUUUUAAGCAUGGGUGUCUUUGGGGACGAGUUUGCGAGGGAGGGAGGGGGGUUGGUGUUUCCGGAAAAGCUGCAGGAGCUCGAAACGAGUUUUCGGAUCUGGAGGCUACAUUCGCUGAUAUGGUAGAUGAAUAAAUGAGACGGUGCCAGCCUUCCAGCGGCAA